AUGGCAGAUUCGGCUUUUUCAAGAAAUGAAGUUAUUGGAUUGGUGCUAAGGUUAUCUUUAGUUUCUGCAGUCACAUUCCUGAGUAUUAAAUGGAUAAUGAAUCAAGUCGAUCCUACCAACAAAAGUAAGAAAAAGGCUAGAAAGAGAGCCGAAGAACAAUUGAAAAGAUUAACAAUGACUGGCAAUGCCCCAUUAGCAGUAGACAAAUUGAACGACUAUGAAAUGAUGAUAGCUGCUCACUUAGUCAAUCCUCUUGAUAUCAAAGUUCGUUGGGAUAACAUUGCAGGGCUGGAGAGCCUCAUCCAAGAAUUGAAAGAAACUGUAAUUCUGCCUAUACAGAGAAAAGAGUUGUUUGCAGAUUCACAACUGACCACUGCACCAAAAGGCGUGCUGUUGCACGGCCCACCGGGAUGCGGCAAGACCAUGAUAGCGAAGGCGACAGCCAGAGAGGCCGGCACGCAGUUCAUCAACCUAGAUCUAUCCAUCCUCACCGAUAAGUGGUACGGCGAGAGCCAAAAGUUGGCGGCGGCCGUAUUCACGCUGGCCGUCAAACUGCAGCCGUGCAUCAUCUUCAUCGACGAGAUCGAUUCCUUCCUGAGAGCGCGCAACAGCACCGACCACGAGGCGACCGCUAUGAUGAAGGCGCAGUUCAUGUCGCUGUGGGACGGGCUGAUUACCGAUUCGAAUUGCACGGUGAUCAUCAUGGGGGCGACGAACAGGCCGCAGGACCUCGACAAGGCGAUACUGCGAAGGAUGCCUUCGACGUUCCACGUGCCCAUGCCCAACGAUGCGCAACGCAGGCAAAUCAUAAGAUUGAUCCUGGAGAACGAGCCGAUCUCCGACGACGUCGACUACGACGCUCUCUCGCGCUGCACCAGCGGCUUCUCGGGCUCCGACCUCAAAGAGCUCUGCCGCAACGCGUCCGUCUACCGGGUGCGCGACUUCCUGCGCCACCAGAUAGAAAGACCGCGCGCAGGUGCGGGCGAGUCUGGGCGCGGCGAAUCGUCCGACGACGAGUUCCACGACGCCCUGCGACCAAUCACGAUGGAGGAUCUGAAGCUGUCGUUCGCGAAGAUGCGGGAAAGCAAGCUGCAGUGCGGGUCUUUGCCGAUGCAGAGCCGGAUCGAUCUCGAUUAG